UAGCAUCAAUCAUCGGCAAUAAGUAUCGACUUUAAUGUUUUUAUUUUGUAAAAAAAACCGAAACUUUUACACAUAACGGUUUAGAUCUAAAGUCUAAUAAAACAUGUCCAGUCUUAAAAUAUGUCGAAUCUGUCUUCGGAUUGGAGGUAAAUUGUACGAACACGAUCAGUUUCAAUUAAAGAUGUACUAUGAAAAUGUCACUUCAAUAAAAGUUGUCAAGAUGGAUAAUCUGCCUCGAUAUUUCUGCUAUGAAUGUGCUAUGAUACUCUACAAGUUUCAUAAAUUUAAAGAGAAGUGCCAAUACAGCCUGAGAAAACUUAAAUCUUUAAAACCAAUAACAUAUCAAGCUAUAAAUAGUAUAAAAAGCAAUAAAGAAAUCUAUACAAAUCUGUCUAUAGCAAUGGUUAAUAAAAAAGUUAAAACUUACCUUUUUAAUGAAAUACCUGAAGAAAUUAAAAAUAAAUUCGAUGAUCAAAUAAACAACAGUGAUGAUGAUUUAAAUUUCAACGAAGUUAAUAUAAAAAUUGAAUCACCAAGAUCAGAUGUACCAUCACCUAAACAUGACACGUCAAGUGAAUCAGAUUUCCCUCAAGAGGUGACAGAAGUAUUCAUUAAAGAUGACAUAUUAAAGACUGAAAUAUUUAAAAUCGAGUGCCCUGAAGUAGAGAAAAAAAAUACAGAUGAUACAGAAAAAGAUCUAAACAGUAGAUGUCUCAGAAAGAGAAAGAAGGCAGAAAAAUUAAAUAAAGAGAAGAAUUAUAAGUUUACGAGACGGAAAAGAUAUUUAGAUUCAAAUAAAUGGAAGAAGAUAAGUUUGAAUGAAGAAGAAGCGAUAAGAGAUUUUGAGAAAAGAGCAGUAGAUCCCAAGUAUGUGCAAUCAACUUAUAACUGUAAAGAUUGUUAUAAGUUCUUCUCGAAAGAAGAUAUUAUGUUGCGUCAUUUUAAAUUACGACAUAAUACGGCGAUUGGUCCAUACGAGUGUCGUUUCUGCCACUCCCGUUUCAGACUGGAGUGUCAUCUACGCAAGCACAUACGUACACACUACACCAAGUAUGAAUGUUUAGUCUGCAAUCUCGUUGUAGCGUUUGAAACAACAGCAUUAAUGCACGAAGAAACACACGCGGGGGUAACACGAGCGUGUAAACAUUGCGGGGAACAAUUCCGGCACAUGUCGACGUACUACACGCAUUUGCGUACGCACCGCAGCCGGCAUGUGUGCGCGUUAUGUGGCGCCUCCUUCGUUAGUGCGGCCGGGUUGCACCAGCACAAGCGGGUCACGCAUGUUGGUAGACAGGAGUGCGACGUCAGCAGUGAGGACAGUUUCUGUUCGCGAUGUCAGAUCAAGUUCGAGUCCGCGGCCGCGUACACGGAGCACCUGCAGUCCUCGGCGCUGCAUGCUGACGUCGAUAAAGAAGACAAUGAAGAGGUACCGGCUCCGAAGCGUCGCUGCAACCGACUGAGAUUUACCUUCACUAGACGUAGGAAACCAAUGGAUUGCUAUCAAUGCGGUAAACAUUUUUCCACCCAAAUGGAGUGUAUGAACCAUCAUCAGAAGGAGCAUCCUGGGACCUCCUUCUGUCCCCCCAGCGAGAGACACAUCUGUGAGAUAUGCGGCGCUUCCUUAGCUCCGGGCAGUAUAGCGAUGCAUCAAAACUUACACACGCGGGAGAAAAUCUACAACUGCGAGACGUGCGGGAGACAGUUCUAUUCCAGUGCUGGCUUGAAGCGACAUCGUGUAGUUAGUUGA